AUGUCUUCCCACGACCUCCUUCCCACCUAUGCCGCCGUGGCCUCGGCGCCCUCGGCGUCCGCGUCCGAGCUCGCCAUCGCCGCGUCGGCCCUCAACCUCCACACCGCCUGCGUCCAGCCCACCAUCGAAGUCAUCUCCAUGGUGUCGGUCGCCGAGAAGCUGAUCAAGGGCAUCAUGGCCAAGAUGCAGAAUGUCAUCCAGACCACUUUUGGCAAUGAGGAUGUGUCGGUUCUGGCUCAUUUUGAGACGGCCGUCACAUCCCUUGGCGCCCCCAACGACUUCCUCGCCCUCGAAGAGACGGCAGCUGCGCUACAGGCAAAGCAGCAGCUCAUGUACGAGGGGCUGUACGCCAACGACAAGGCUUUGGCCGUCACCGUCGGCAGCCACCUCUCAUCCGACCAGAUCGAGGCUCUCCGCGACACCCAGCUGGUCGCCGACCUCUCCUCUCUCUCCAUCGACGCCCCUGACGUCGUCGCGCCCUCCUCUCCUCCGCCCGCCUCUCCCUUGGCCUUGCUCUCUCUCGGCAGCUCUCCUCCGUCCUCGCCUCGCGUCCGCUGCCACCUCGACUCGACCGAUGACGUCGUUUCUCGCUUGGGAACGUUACCCGCACCCUCUGCCGACGUCGCCUCCAUCGUCUUUCCUCCUCCUCCUGCUCCAUGCUUGGGAACGUUACCCAUCGCCGCCGACCCUCAUCCUUCUUCAUGCUUUGGAACGUUACCCAUCGCCGCCGCUCCUCCUUCCCCUCCAUGCUUGGGAACGUUACCCGCCGCCUGUCCGGCCUCCCCCGUCGCCGCCCCCGUCUCUGUCCCCGGCAACACUGAGACCGCUUUCUUGGGAAUGUUACCCACACCUGCCCUCCCUUCCCUUAUAACUGAAACCCUCGGGAUGCUGCCCGACGACCUCCCUUCUCUGCCAUCCGACUCCGUGCCGGCCUCGCCAGUCGGUCAGAUGGAGGAAGCCCAGAAGCAGCGGGAGCAGGAAGUGUACGAGGCGCAGCAAAGACUGCAGCAGCAAGAACAGGAGGAGCAGCAGCAGCUACUGAACAAGCAGCAUAUGCAGCGCUGGUUCGAGGAGCAGACGGCGCGUCAGGCGCAGAAACUCCUCGACCAACAGCAACAGCAGCGAGAGCAGCAGCUGUUGGAGCAGCAGCAGUUGCAGGAGCAGCAGCAGUUGCAGGAGCUGCAGCAGUUGCAGGACUUGCAGCAGCAGCAAAAGCAGCAGGAGGAGGAAGAACAGGCUGCGCUCCUGGAAGCUGCCAUUCUGGAGGCCUUCGAGCAGGACGCCCAAGAGGAGGCUGAUCGCUGGGAGGCUGACAGACAGCAGGGGGGGCAACAGCAGCAACAACAACAGAGACCUGAAAAUUCGGACAUCUUCUCGUUUGUCAUGCCGGCUCCCAACAGGGGGCCCAUUUCAUUCCCCGAGUCUGCCGCCGCCGUACACGGGCUCUCUGGGACCAUAGAGCCGCGAGCGACCUAUAAAUUUGACUUCGCCGUGGCCGUGUCUGGUGCCCCUCCUUUCUUUGGAACUGCGGCCGCCGAAUCUGCUAGUGCCGCAGAUGACAAUGACGAAGAAGAAGAAGAAGAAGAGGAAAGUUCCGACGAUGACUCGGAUUCCUCACAGGACGACAGGACGCCGGACGAAGUGAUCAGGGUGAGCACGUACAGGAACCUCAUCAAGCUUCUCAAUGGCACCCUCGACUCCAAGCGCUUCAAGUGGGACGGCAACCACGACGGCGUCGACCGUUUCGGAGACAAGGCCGCCGUCUGGGAGCCCGAAAUGAGGCAAUUUAUGAUCGCCGACUGGCUUGCCGAGUGCACCUACGAGAUUGGCGAAGAUGAGACGGCCGACGACGUUCUCUUCCGCGUCAUGAGCAAGGUCGGGCACAUCCUGCUGACGGAGGUCUUGGAGCCGCACUCGGAGCCGCGGGACGGCCCGACCAUGCGUGGCGAGAUUGUCGGCAAGGAGGUCGCCCAGAUGCUUCGGCCCUGGGCGAACAGCCUUCGCUCGUGGAAGCUGGCGAGGCUCGAUCUCAUCAAGGCCUUCAAGCUGGCGGCUGAGUUCCGGGAGGUUCUCGACGUCAUGGUCGAGCAGGCGCAGAUCGAGUUUCGUGCAGUGGACAUUGACGACCCGGGCCAGGCGAGGUCAGUGUACGAUAUGUAUGCUGAUUUUGAGGGACGGCCUUUGUUCCCCAACAUGAUCCGACUCGAGCCCGAUGAAGAGAUUGUUGAGGCGUGGGGGUGGUACGUUGCCUCUGGUGUUUGA